CGUCCGUUCACCGACCGCCUUUCGCCAUCACCAACGCUCCAACUCAGCUCCAGCUCGCUUCUCCCCCGCUCCGCCUCACGGCCUGCCCUACGACUCACUUCACGGACGAAUCUCCCAGGAAAGCGGGCAGCGCGAAAGCUGUGACCCUUCAGACAUGGCCGAGGCCUCGCUGCAGGAUCGCCUUCGCGAUCACGCAAAGGCCUUUGAUGGCCUCCUCAGCCUGAUACCGGCCAAGAUGUAUUACGGAGAAGACAACAGCGACCAAUGGCAGCGGAAGAAGCAGACGAAGCAAGAGGCCGCCGCCGCCCGGAGAGGCAAGCUGGAUCCCGACAGUGAGCUCAACCGCAACGCCAAGGAGGUCAUGGAUGAACGCGCCAAGAACAAGAGAAAGCUUCGCGAAAUGGAGCAGGAGCAGCAAAACGACGAAAACGAAGACGCUAAUGCCGACGAAUCGUUUGACGUCCCUGGGGGGGUCGAGGCCGAGAAGCCGGGCGAAGGUCUGAAGAGGAAGGCCGAGGAGAGCAAUAAGAAGCAAAAGCUCGACACCGAAGAGCAUGAGGAUGCUGCGGAAUCUAGUGAACUGGCGAUCAAGCUCUCCAAGAAAGAGCAGAAGAAGGCGGCCAAGAAGGAAAAGAAGGCCGAGAGAAAAGCCGAACAGAAAGCGAACCGCGCAGACGAGCCGCCUACGCCCGCAAAGAAAGAACCGGCUGCUUCAAAGGACACCAAUGGCACACCCGCCAGCAGCAGAAAACAAAAGGGCAAGAAGACCAAUAUUGAUGCGACGCCGUCAGAACCCCGACUUGAUGCGUCUCAACAAGUCGACGAGACGGGUAUCGACGAAACGCCAAAGCCAGAUGCGCCAGCCCUGUCACUGGACAUGACGAUGGAGCAGAAGCCCAAGAAUCACGAGGACGAAGAGUCGACACCGGAAUCCGAUCACCAGUCGCCAAUGUUCGACAUGGGCGAGCCCGAGGAGUCUCUCAACGGCCCGGCCAGCACCACGACCUCAAUUUCCUCCACCGUUCCUCCUUCCGAAAAGCCGAAGCAGAUCAAGAUCCCAGCCGACACUACGGCGCUAAAAGCCCGGCUCGCUGCGAAGAUUGCGGCCCUGCGAGCAGCCAGGAAAGCCGACGGCCCCGAUGGAAAGCCCAUACGCACUCGACAGGAGCUCAUCGAAUCGAGGCGGGCGAAGCAGGCGCAGCGCAAGGCGCAUAAGAAGGAGCUGAGGCAGCAGGCAAAGCUGGAGGAGGAUCGGAAGCGCGAGGAGGCCCUUGCAUCCAACUCCCCCGGGGUCAUGAGCCCUGCCGUCGAGCUGGACGAGAACGGCAGUUUCUCAUUCGGACGAGUGGCGUUCGGUGACGGCUCGCAGAUGUCGCACGACCUUAGCUACGUCCUGAACCAAGGAAAGAAGAAGGGCCCGUCAGACCCCAAGACGGCACUGCUCAAGGUGCAGAACCAGAAGAAGCGCAUGCAGGAGCUCGACAGCGAGAAACGUGGUGAGAUCGCAGAGAAGGAGGCCUGGCUGACGGCGCGUCGCCGCAUCGAGGGCGAGAAGAUACGCGACGACGAGGCCAUGCUGAAGAAGGCGGUGAAGCGCAAGGAAACAGCCAAGAAGAAGAGCGAGAAGGCCUGGAAAGAGCGCGCGAGGGGUGUCGGCCAAGCCCAGAAGGAGCGGCAAAAGAAGCGCGAGGAGAACCUCCAGAAGCGCCGCGACGAGAAGCUCAUGGGCAAGGCCGGCAAGAAGAAGGGAGGCGCCAAGAAGAAGAAGGUCGGCCGGCCGGGCUUCGAGGGCAGUCUCGGCGUCGCUGGGCGCAGGAAGUAAACUUGGGGGUAAAUCAAGGGGUAGGCAAGGCAGCCUUGUGGUCAUCGCCCGGGCUACCAUGAAUCGUCGUUCUUCUUCCUCUGCUGUUGGCACAUUCACACAGAGGCAUUAUAUCGCACAUUUGCUGGGAUGGAACAUUGGCGCUGGCGUUGGAGGGUAGGGAUGAUGCAUUGUUCGAUUCUCAUGUAAAAAG